AUGAGCUCACAAGCGUUCAUCAGUUGCAGAAAAACGCUAGCGAAUGGCAGUAGCGAUAUCACGGAUCCUGCUGAUUUAUCACCAUAUGGCGUGCAGUUGAUUCUGCAGCCAGAUCAUGUUGUAAUGAAUAACGGCAUUAUUAGCCUCACAUUGACUGUACCAGGUGGCGCUAUCACCAGUAUAACAUACAAAGACAGUGAAAAUUUGCUUCAGACUGAGGAUAAAGACGAGGACAACGGGCACUGGAAUAUUGUUUGGAACAAGCAGGAAGGGAAGGCCACUACCUUUGACAAGUUAGAAGGAACAAAUUUUAGUGUAAUUGUGCAAAACGAGUCUCAAACAGAGAUUUCAUUCACCAAAACAUGGGGAGAUGGCAGCUCAGAUGUUCCCUUAAACGUCGACAAAAGAAGAUAUGUAGUGCUGCGUGAUUCCCCUGGCUACUAUUCAUAUGCUGUGCUCGAACGUUUACAAGGAUGGCCGGCUUUUGACAUCUUGGAAGGGCGAAUUGUUUUCCAACUCCAGAAAAACAAGUUUCACUACAUGGCCAUGUCUGAUGAGAGGCAAAGGUUUAUGCCGAUGCCUGAGGAUCGGGUGACAGGGCAAGUGCUCGAUUACAAGGAAGCCGUUCUCUUAACAAACCCAAUUAAUCCUGAAUUCAAAGGAGAGGUGGAUGAUAAAUAUUUUUACACGUGCAACAACGAAGACAACAAGGUCCACGGAUGGGUAAGCAAUGAUGAUCCUCCGGUGGGCUUUUGGUUAAUAACACCGAGCAACGAGUUUCGCACGGGUGGACCCAUCGGACAAGAUCUUACGUCUCACGUAGGACCAUUCACGCUAGCUAAAUUUAGCAGCAGACAUUAUGCCGGGGAGGAUUUAGCUAUCAAGUUCGAAAGUGAAGAGCACUGGAAAAAAGUCAUUGGCCCAUUUUAUAUACAUCUCAACUCUCAUGACUCUGCAAGUGCCGAUCCUUCUGUACUAUGGGACAAAGCCAAACAAAGGAUGGAGAAAGAGGUGAAUAACUGGCCUUAUGAUUUCCCACUUUCGAAAGAAUUCAUGAAAUCCAGCCAAAGAGGGUCGUUAAGUGGUCGAUUGCUCGUGCAAGAUGGGUUCCUGAACGAGGAUGAUAUCCCAGGUACCUCAGCCUACGUGGGGUUAGCUCCACCAGGAUCAGCCGGCUCGUGGCAAUACGGAAACAAGGGCUACCAAUUCUGGACACAUGCAGAUGACAGAGGUAAAUUUGUGAUCAAGAACGUGAUACCAGGAACUUACGGCCUGUUUGCAUGGGUACCUGGAUUUCUCGGUGAUUACAAGCAUGACUCUGACGUCAUCAUCAUCACCCCCGGAUCGAAUGUCGUAAUGAAAGACGUUAUAUUUAGACCUCCUAGAGUGGGCCCCACACUGUGGGAGAUCGGAAUCCCUGACCGCUCGGCUGCCGAAUUUUUUGUACCCGAUCCUGACCCUAAAUUCAAGAUCCAUCACUACAGGGCACCCAUUCAAAAGUUCCGACAAUAUGGGCUGUGGACCCGUUACAGUGAUCUAUACCCAGAAAAGGACUUGACUUUCACAAUUGGCACAAGCAAUUACACAUUAGACUGGUUUUAUGCCCAUGUUACGCGGAAUGUGGGAAAUGGUCAGUAUGUGGCAACAACGUGGCAAAUCACAUUCGACCUUAAAGACGUAAAUGAAGGCUUGGAUUACACUCUCCAUCUGGCGCUUGCAUCCGCGCAAAAUGCUGAAUUACAAGUUCGUAUAAACGAUCCGAAAUCGGCCCCACAUUUCUCGACCGGGUUGAUAGGAAAGGACAAUGCAGUAGCAAGGCAUGGGAUACGAGGAUUGUACCAUUUGUACAGCAUAAGUAUACGAGGUAGCCAACUCGUUUCUGGGAACAACUCGUUGUUUUUGACUCAGGCAAAUGGAGAUGGGCCUUUUAAGGAAGUCAUGUACGAUUAUAUCCGCCUAGAGGGACCUGCGUCGUGA